CUCUUUUGGAUGACAAUAUUUCUAUGGAGUUUACCAUUAGAACGAGUUAAUAAGGGAAAUCAUAAGUAGUGUAUGAUAUUCCAGCAAUGGCUUAAAUUUAAUUAUUUGAUGUUAGUUAGGAUUUUGAUCCUUUAUUUGAGAAUUUAAAUCCCUAUAAAAUUCAGUCUAAAGAAAUCUAAAUUUUUAAAGCAGAACCUAGAAGAAACUUUUGUUCCAGAAUAUUGGAUGCAAUUCCUAUUUUUCAUCCAGAAUCAGGGUGUUUAUUGAUUUGGUAAUUGAUUGUCGUAAUAAUAAUUUUUACGUACUUAUUCUAUAUCCCUUUUAAAGUAUUAGAAUAUUAAUAAUUUAGAUAGCUUUUACAGAUGAAGGAAAAGGCACGAAUGCAAUUGAUACAAUAGGAGUGAAAUCUUAUUUAAUUUUCUCUAUCAUAAUGCUUGGUAUAGAUUUGUUGGUAAGUUUCAAUACAGGUAUUAAAAAGAGAGGAGAAGUAAUUUUAGAUCGUAAAGUAAUUGCAGAAAAAUAUGUUAUAUGGGUAUUAAUUGAUAAAUGAUAUUAGGAAUUCGAAUUAGAUUUAAUUGGAGUGAUAUCAUUGAUAUUGUCUCUACUUUUAAAAAAUGACUAUAUACGUAUUUUAUUUUAUUUAAGAUCUUAUUAUGUAAUAAGAUUUAGUGAAAAGAUUGAUCAUUCUUUAUAAUUAAGAAGCAGUAAUUAAUACAAUAUUUUUAUAUAGAUUGGAAGGCAGCCUAUACUGUAUUAAAAUUGAUAAUAGUAGUUUUAUUUGUCAAUCAUUUGAUGGCAUGUUUUUUCUUUGGUGUUUCCUUUAAGUAAUUUUAGAAAGAUGAUGGCAAUCUUCCAACUUGGAUCGAAUAUAAUGGUUAUGUUGAAGAUGAAUAGACAAUUGAAUCUUUAAAUUAUUGGUCCAGAUAUGUUGUUUCAUUUUAUUGGGCAACUACUACUGUUUCAACUGUAGGUUAUGGAGAUAUUACACCUAAGAAUGAUUAUGAAAUUGGUAUUACAUUAAUUACUAUGAGUAAUUCUUCAUUUAAUAAUUAGUUAUUGCUGGAAUGGUAUUUGCAUUUAAUGUAGCUUCUAUUAGAGAUGUUAUUGUAGAAAUGAAUUCAUAAGAAACUAGAUAUAAUAGUUAUGAAGCUGUUAUUAAUCGUUAUAUGAAAAUUAAAAACAUAUCUUUAUCAACUUAAGCCAGAAUUAUUGAUUAUUAUUAAUACAUUUGGUAGGAUGAAAAAAAUAGAAAUAGACCCAUUGAAUAAUUAUUAAUCUCUAAACUCGCUCCAGAACUAAGAUAACAAUUAUAAUAUGAAACCUAUAUCAAUUUUGUUAAAUGCAAAAUAUUCUGGAACUUUGAUUUCUCUGAAACUUUCAUGCGUUCCCUUGUAUAAUAUAUGAAAGAAGAAUGCUAUGGACCAGGAGAAAAUAUAGUAUUUGAUAUCAUCAAUCCUUAAUUAUGGUUUCUUUAAAAUGGAGAAAUUUUAAUUGUAUUUCUUAAGUAUCUUAUUAUUAGUAUGUGGAUUCUGAUCACGCCUCAUAUAAUAUUAAAACUAGAAUUGAUGUAAUUAAAUUUGGACAAUGUAUAGGACAAUUAUCAUUCUUUACUGAUUAAAGAUAUCCAUUCAAAGCAAAAACUUUAUAAUAUUGUAAUAUGUAUAAAUUGGAUAAAAUCGAUUUUUUAAAAGAAAUUUCUAACUUUCCCAAAGAUUUUGAAAUUUAUCAUUAUAUCAUUUCCAAAUAAUUCACUAAUCAAUCAGAACUUUAUAAUAAAUUAGAAUUAAAAUGUUACACUUGUUAAUCUGAUAAUCAUCUUGCUGAUCAAUGCGAUGUUACUCAUUAUUAUCCUAAGCAACUUUUUUCUAAAUUCAAAAUUAAAGAUGAUAAACAAAAAAGAGAAGAAUUUGAAAGAAAAAAACGAUUUUAAUUCAAUUCAGUAUCUAUUUCUGAGAAGGUUUAAAAUUCAAUCAAUGAUUAUAAUCUUAGAGAAAGAAGGUUUAAAAGAAUGUCAAUGAAAUAAUAAAUUCCACUUGAAUAUAUUUUUGAAGAAUUCGAAGAAGAAGAAACAUAAGAAUAACAUCAAGAUGAUAUUAGUGAAAUAAAAACUAUGCUCAAUCAGAUUAUGAAUAAAAUUGGUAUCUAAUAAUAAUAAAAAUUCAAACCAUAAAAUAUAUUUAUACCACAAAGUAAUCAAUUAUUUAUAUUAAUCUUGAUUAGAACCUAAAUAUGACCCUUAUGAGACAAUUUUUGAAAUAGAUUUAGUCAAAAAUUAUGAGCACUUCUAUCCUGAAUACAAUUUGGAUAAUAUUAUCAAAAGAAUUUUUUGA